GGGCUCGGCAAUCAUUAAUCACAUUCUUCACAUUCUCAAGUGCUUGGCACGGAAAAAUGAUCCAGUGGGUAACUGUGCUCUGGCAGUCCGACAUGCAGCUGACUGGCAAGCUGCUUCUUUCUGCCACUGCUCUGCUCCUGCUGACUUUUGCAUACAGAUUUUACAAGUCCCGCUCAGCACCUGGAGGCAACAACCCAACAUCCGAUGCAUGCAGAGAGAAGGGGAGAAGGAAAAAUGCAGCCCAGGAUGGGCAGAACAUGGAGGGGCUGCGGCACAGGCGAGUGUUUGGGGAACGGAUUGGUGGUGAUGCCCAAGCAAGUGUGUCUUCAGCCGAUCUACAGCAAAAGGGAGAGAAAAUUCUGCCAGUGAGUGAAGAGGAAGAUGGAUGGGAGGCAAAAUCUCACAGCAUCAGUGAUCUGAAUGAAAUGCUGAAGGAGGAAGGUGGUGCGAAUGGACACAGCAUGCUUGUCCCACACGUCGUGCUUCCCAACCAGACGGCAGGGGAUGGAGGUGCACGAAGCACCGAGCAGGAUUUGGCCAGUAGAAUCAGCAGCCAGGAGGGGAGCAGAGAGAUGAUCCAGACCCUCAGUGUCACCUCGGAGCUGGGGGUAAAGAUAACAGCAAGCUGCAGGGAGUCAGACACCUCCCACUCUUUCUCCUCGAUUGCAAAGAUCCAGGUGGAGGAGAGCUACAUCUCUGAGAGGAAGGCACAGGAUGGGGACCAGCAUCUAUCUCCUGGCCUCAGAGGUAAAAUCUAUGACUACUACGUCCAGUCCAUCUCCCAUUCAGUAUCAAGAAAAAAAUCUCUCCCAUCUGCAUUUAUGGGUACAGCCUUGAGCUGCAGCUUGGAGCAUGUCAGGGAAGAGCUGCAGUGCUUGGAGCGGGUCAACACAGAGCAACAAAGACUGGAGAAGGUCAAGGAAGAGCUGCAGACAUCAGAAGGGGUCAAGGAAAAGCUACAGAGCCUUGCCACUCUGCUCCCUGAGGUUCACUCCCAGGAAACAGCCGUGGCAUCUCAAAACCCUACCACCUCUCUUACUGUCCCAUCAAAUGCGGAGAACUUAGAGAAGGACCCCAAGCCCCCAGCUCCCACUCACAGCAUCAGUCGUAAGAACAGCGUACUGCAGAUUGCAGAAAACUCUCACCUCCAGCUGCCCAUGGAUGGGUUCUGUGUCACACCAGCCAGCGUGCCACCAGCAAGCCCUCAACUGGAUCUGGUGGACAAAGCCAACUUACUCCAAACACCACCCUCCUCCCUAGACACCCGUUUGAACCUGGGGAACUGCUAUGAGGUCCUCUGUAGGGCCAAGGCAGAGAAGCUCGGCUUCCUCCAGGAGGCUGCCUACAAGUUGAUGAGUGACAACUACCUACAGGUGCUAAGGACACCUUCCAUCUACUGCCACCUCACUGCCACUGAGCGGGACCUCAUUCUUCAGCGCAGAAUGAAGGGGAAGAUGUGUGUUGUUGUGGCAGACAUCAUCACACAUGAGCUUGGCCUCAGUGCUAGCCGGCUCUGCUGCUAUGAUGACAAAGGGGACCGCUGGCAUCACCUUUGCCACAUCCCACCAGAGGUGGUCUCCCAGGGGUGCGCCAUGUGCAGCAUGUUCAACUACCUCUUUGUGGUGGCAGGCUGUGAAGGCUCGGGCCGUGCACAGAGACCUUCCAACCGCGUCUUCUGCUACAACCCACUGACCAACAUCUGGAGGGAGAUCUGCCCCUUGAACCAAGCACGACCUCACUGCAAGCUAGUGGCUUUGGAUGGCUGCCUCUAUGCCAUUGGUGGAGAGUGCCUGUACACAGUGGAGCGGUAUGACCCACGAUAUGAUCGCUGGGUCUUCAUUGCCCCGCUACCUCACGACACCUUUGCUGUAGCCCACAUGGCCACAGUGUGUGACGGGGAGAUCUACGUGACGGGGGGCACCUUGCGCUACGUGCUGCUGCGCUACGUGGCCCGCGAGGACGUCUGGACAGUCAGCCCAGCUGGCGGUGGCAAGGACAGGACAGUGGAGAUGGUGAGUGUCAACGGCUUCCUCUACCGCUUCGACCUCAAUCGCAGCGCGGGUAUUGGUGUCUAUCGCUGUCGAGCCAAGGCCAAGCUGUGGUAUGAGUGUGCCACCCACACCAAAGCCUACUCAGCCUGCUUCCAGUGUGCUGUGCUGGGCAGCCUGGUGCAUUGCAUUGGUCGCCACUUCCACAUCCGCUUCUUGGCCGACCACGUCUCACCACGCUUCGGGACCAAGGAGCUCCAGCCUUUUCCUUCACCCCGGGGCAGCCUCAUCCCAGUUGUCCUGGUGUUGCCGUGGGCGGGGAUGGAGCAGACACAGGUCUGAGACACUACGAGAUUGUGACAACCAGGUAACAGAGGUCACCAGACUUCAUUUACAGCUCUCUAUUGGACUAAUGCUAUCAGAAAAAUGUCACAUUCAUUUACCUUCCACUGUUGGACCAAUGGCACCCAGGACAAGGCCACCGCUUCAUCUUCCCAUUCCCUGUAAGUGGAAGAAAACAGACUGCACUUAAACAAACAUAAACCUAGGACUGGAGACACAGGAAAGAGCAAAACUGGAGCUGGGCGGACUUGUUUGCCUACAGGUAUUUAAAUGCAGGUGUGUCUGCUUGAAUGCAAAUAAGCUUCCAGCUACUUCCACAGGAAGGUGAUGGGGAGCUGCACCCAAACUGCUCAAACAGCCCCAUUUGGAAGCAGACGCUGAUGCAACCACAACAAUUUGGUCCAAACGCAUACUACUGCAUGGUGCAUAAGAUGCUUGGUAGCAUCUUGCUCACCCCAAUGGGCUUGAAGGCUGCAUCCUGCUAUAGUGACGAUACAGAAAAACUAGGGAAAGCUGAGCAUCCCAGGGAUGCGGGAGCUCAGCGGGAUCAAACACAAAGACCUCAGCCCAGAUUUAUGCCAAAAGGUUGAAAGAUGGGAAUCAGGACCUUGUGUGGAACCCAGCACAACGGGGUCACCGCCAGCACUGGGAGGGCAGCAGAGAUGAAAGGAGCUACCAGGAGAGCAGGCAGCCAGCCGGGCAAAUGUAAUGAGAGUCAUUUGUGGAGAACAAACCUCAGCAGGCACAGGGGGGGAAUGGAGCUGGGGGAAGGGAACACACACCCUCCCUUCAUUCUGGGAAGAAAAUGUGGCCAUUUGGAGGCUGUCCAAGCUGCAAUAACAGGCUGGUGAAGGACUAUUUAAUUAAAAUCCACACGGCGUUUGAACAGAAAAGGGCUCAGAAUGAAUAAGCAUGGUGAUAAAAUAUUGUAAGGGAAACCAUUGAUCACAGCCUGAACCUCUGAUGAAACACCUGAGGCAAGCAAUGAGUCAGCUGCAGGAGCACGGGUGAAGGUAGUUCUGCUGUGCUGCUGGAAGGGGUGUAUCCCUCUGCCUCCCCUAGGUCCCAUUUUAGGGCUGACCACCACUAUGGUAGUACCUCUGUCUGGAGAUGGCUCCUUUAUGGAGUUCUGGUGGUGACCCUUGGCUUUGGUGAGCGCCCAUCUUGACUGAAGGCCUCGGAGUUGGUGAGUCCUUUUCCUUAGAUACCCUCUGUCUUUCUAUCUCCAACUAUAUUUGUAUUAUUCCAACUGUGCACUAUACUUGUAUUUCUUUGACUGCUCAAAUAUGCAUUGGCUCCAGGAAAAGUUUUCCCUCCCUAGCACAGUCCUUUGCUUAAAGUGUUCAUGGCUUCUGAUUCACAAGCUUCAGUGAGGAGGGAAUAUCUUCCAGCUUGUUCAGGGGAAGGGUGGCUGGAUGCUGAAAGCAUGUUGAAGGAUGCUGGAAUGUCAAUGACCAGCAAGAAUCUGCUGGUGUGGAGGUAUUCUCCACUGGAUGACUGGCUGCUACUGCAACCUGUGAAGUGAUUUCAGUCCUCAGCCAGCCCAGGACCUUUGUCCAGAAGCAAUAGACAUUCACUGCUACUUCAGCUCUCACCAGACUUGAACUCAUGGAUACUCCAGGGUUGAUUUUAUCAACAAGGUUAUUCAUUCUCGUGAUUAAUCAAUAUAUCUUCAGUCCUUCUUUCCCACUGUGUUUCAUCCUAGGCCCAGGCUUCAUGCUUCACGUGUUACUCUUCUUUUGAACUUGUCCAAAAAUUCAUUAUCUUCUUUCAUCCGAGCUAGACCAGUCCAUUCCAUCUGUCUUAUGAUUUGAACUUAUUAACUACUAAAUAGCAAUGUCAGCAUUA